UAAACAAUUUAUGCUUGAUUGAAGCUAAGCUUGCACAAAAGAGAAUUCGAAACUGGAGUAUUUUUUGUAGUUCUGUCACAAUAUUAUAUAAAAUUAUUUAGUAUUUUGUAGAAUAGAAUUCUUUAAAAGGCAUGUAGAUUUAUAUUACUAGACAAAGGUCGAGAUAUUUAUGCUAUUGUUAUUGGAGUGGACGCUAUAAAUCCAUGAAACAAAUGUUACUAAUUACUACUAGUGGUUAUUAGACAAUUCAAGACAAAGAAAUUAGCAUAGUUUGCAUCUAUUUUGUACUAUAAUUGUUGUUUCACAGAUUUAGAGAGUUCACUCUGGAAUAUAUUUGCUUGUAGGAUGUAGAAUUUUUCAUUUAUUAUUAUUUUUAAAAUAAGAAGAACUAAAGUGUUGUGGAAUAUAAGCUAACUCAGAGUCUCCUGAUAUUGCUACAUGCUUCAGGAUAAACAUUUCAAUAACUAAAAGAGCUGAAUUCAUAUAGGGGGAUGAAUCAAUGAUUAUUAAUUUAUUGACUCAGAUUUAUUUUUAUUCAGUUUUAUCCGGAUGCAUGCAUCAAUUUUAAAAGCAGAUAAAAGAUAAUUUACAAGUCUUAAUUUAAACAUUUUUUAACUUAUAAACUUAUGUUUUUCCACGAUAUUCCUUUUCGUGGAAUCUGMCAUUGACAUAGAAUUCUUUAAAAUGUUGACUUGACUWUUGCUUUUGUAGGCUGCAUGUAUAAAAUCAUUUGGCAGUGAACAUAGUACAUCUCAGUACUUCUUYAUAAGUUCCUCUYGUCCACUUGAAAGGCAGCCACAUACUUACAUCAAGGUGACACCAGCCYAAGUUUCAAAAAUUUKUUGUACUUUGAUKGUAAUAGUAUGGCUUUCUUUCAAGAUGAAGGUGAGAUCUGGAAAAGAAGUAUUUUCGCUUUAUUAGCGACCAUKAUGUUCACUUUUAAACAAUGUUUUUUAAGUUCUUUAAGACAGUAUUUAAUUUCCUAUCCCUGGAGUCCAACCCUUUCCAGCUUUCAGGAAAGAUUGUGGUCMUUGCAAUGAGUAGAGAUUAUCAAAUAGUAUACUUACAAAGAGUAUUGUUGAGAAGUAGAAUAGAUUAUAUAGCUAUUUCAAAAAGGUGAUUGUCAAAAGGCUAUUGCACGACUGAAAGUAGACAUGGGUUUCGCUUGGUGAAAUGAAAUAACAACUUUCAGUGAUUUGCAGUGUAAGAUGGUCUGUGGUAAACAUUAAGUCUAUGUAGGUGAAUAGGUUAAAUUUUGUUUAUCAAAACAGUGUAACCAUAGUCCCUUUCGGUCGUGCAAUGUCCCUUCAACAAUUGCUGUUUGCCAUUCUCCCCGACAACAUUUUUUAUAGCUGUAUACUUUAGUUAAUCAAAUUUCAUGGUCUUUUGGCAAGAUAAGUGUAUUUAGCUGUUCUCUGGUCCAUCUUAAGCAGUGACCUACAUAGAGGCCGUCUUACACAAGAAUCCCAAAAGAGGGCAGCUAUACAGGCUAAAAUUGACUGUGCAUUGUUUAACCUGUGCAACAAAGUAAGAAGAAAUACACUACAGUGAGAUUGCAGAAACUUUAUGAUAAAAAAGAUUAAAUCUGACAUAUUUUCAUCUUUGUUUUCUAAAGAAAUGUUUUGGAACUGAAUUAAAUUUCUGCAUUAUCGCACCUAGCUAAAUCUCACUGAUCUUUUCAAUGCAAAAGCAGUGCUACCUUUCAAGAUCGCAAAGGAAACUGCAUUGAACAUGACUUGCCAAUUUCCUUCUUACUAAAGUUGAGCUUACUGUUAUUAUAGUGAGGUACUUUAACCUGCAAAUUAAAUGACUUUGAAUUUGUGGGUGGAAUUGAUAUUCCCUUGUUAAUAUUAGAGUAAAGUGAGGACGAAACAGUUGGGUUGUUUGGGUUUCCUGUGCUGUCCUGACACAGGAGGCCCAAAUUUGAAACGAGUUUUAGAGUUCAUCAGUUUGUGGACUUCACUCUACCAUAAGUUAAUGAAACUAUAAAAAUUAUACUGGAUAUAAUUUUUAGCUAUUUAAUUUUGUAUAUCAAUAUAAGGUGUAAUUGUUGAAAUAAUAACUUUGACAUGGCUAAAACAAUAGCAGAAAAAAAAAUUGAUCAGAAAAAAAUAUUUGCUGAUGUAUCAAAUAACAAUAUAGUUAUUUUCAAGUUGAAUUGAGAAUAAAAUAUCUUUGCUUGCAAGUUGAGAGGUAUUGUGGGGACAUGGGGGGUGCGGUGUAAAUUUUUUGUUGGGCAUCCCCCCCCUGAAAAUGGUUAAAAUUCACGCAUGAGGACACAAAAAGUUUGUCUUAAGACUUAGUUUCAUGAUUUUGUUUGUAAAGAAAGACUAUACACCUCUAUACAAAAAGAAGCUAAGGGAAAAAWAUUAAUAAAAAAAGAACUGGGGAGGGGAGGAGAGAAUUCCUUUAUCAAACCCGCGCGCCACGCAUGCGCAUUUGAAGUUUUCCUGGCCGGUUUCUACAAUGUCUGAUAAUUCAAAAAUAUUCUUGUUAUAAGUAGUUGUUUUCGUUUCUWUUAAUCUAAAAAAUAACCAUGGAAUCUAAAGACCUUUUAAGUACUCUUAGACGAUUUGAUGCCUAUCCAAAGACACUAGAAGAUUUUAGAAUCAAGACAUUCGGAGGGGCUGCAGUUACACUUAUUAGCGGAGUUAUUAUGUUUCUUUUAUUUGUAUCUGAAUUAAACUAUUACUUAACGACUGAGGUAACUCCAGAACUGUUUGUAGAUACGACAAGAGGGCAAAAGCUUAAAAUUAAUGUAGAUAUCAGUUUUGCAAGAUUGCCUUGUGUUUAUCUUAGUAUAGAUGCUAUGGAUGUGUCUGGUGAACAACAGAUUGAUGUAGCAAGUCAUAUGUUAAAGAAAAGACUUAAUUUAGAUGGUGAACCUAUUGACGAAAAAGCUGAAAAAGAAGCUUGAUCCAAAUCGAUGUGAAAGUUGUUAUGGAGCUGAAACACCUGAAAAGAAUUGUUGCAAUAACUGUGAAGAAGUUCGAGAGGCUUACAGAAGAAAAGGAUGGGCUUUAGCUAGCAUCGAUGACGUUAAACAGUGUGUGCGUGAAGGCUGGAAAGACAAGCUACAGGAACAAAAGAAUGAGGGCUGUCAAGUGUAUGGAUACCUAGAGGUCAACAAGGUUGCAGGUAACUUCCACUUCGCACCUGGAAAAAGCUUUCAGCAGCACCACAUUCACGUUGCAACCAUUUGGUCAAACACAGUUUAAUAUCACUCAUAAAAUCAACCAUUUAUCAUUUGGCUAUGACUACCCUGGUAAAGAGUACCCAUUGGACAACACAGCCAUUGUUGCCGACGAGCCCGGCAGUAUGUAUCAAUACUUUGUGAAGAUUGUCCCCACAACUUAUAAUAAACUUAGUGGCGAG